UAAUAUUUCUAGCAACUUCAAAAAAAUAUAUAUGCCCAGGUAGUAAGUGGAAGAUAAACUUUAUCUCCCUAACAGACUUCAGAUGAAACCAAGCAACUAUAAACUUUAUCUGCUAGCUUUGUGUCUUCUAGCAGAUAACAGGUGGCAAAUGCUUUGAAGGAUGGGUACGCUAUGUUUUAAAUCUCACUGAGGCAGUGAGACCUUUAAUUACCCCAUGGUUCUGUUGAUGAUGGUGAAGAGCUAUAGCUCAUAUUCCCUCAGUUAUGUUGGUGCAGCAAGAAUAACAAGCAACUUUUUAAAAAAGUAUUUUUGUUACUGAAGUCAGCACUUGCAUCUCUGAAUUCACACCAGGAACAGAUGUGAUAAGAAGACACCAUUUAUAUGCAUUCAUUGUUUGGGAUUGAACUGUGCUUAAGAGAAAGUUGCGUGGAGAGAAGUCUGUGAUGAAGAAAAGCUCUUUUUAAUCUGCUGAUUCUUUGGAACUGGGACAAGGUUUUUAUGGCUUUUAAGCAGCCAUUUUUCCCUUAUCAGUCAUUGUUUUGAUUGAAGAGAUGGAAAAAUGAAGUGAGCAACUCACAAAGAAGAUAUAGAACUGUUUUGAAGAGCUUCAUUUUCAAAUACUCCUCUUGGAAUCAAGUCUGUCACACAGAUUGGAAAUCAGAACCAUCCUCUGUGAACAGUUUUCAGAGUCUGGGCAAGAUCACCAACCUGCGAAAUUCAUGAAGAAUAUUCCUGUUUAACUGAAUGUGAAGGAGACUGAGUCCCCUUAUUUUGGGCAGGAAAUAAAGAAAGAGCACGCACAUGAAUCAGAAUAAGGCAUGCUAUGAUGUGAUGACUUGUUCAGAAGAUUACUUAAAGAGAGCCAUGAAGGGAAUGCCUUAUCUACGAAUGAAAGCAUGGUGACUUCUGAAUAUUACAUCACCAAAUGAGGAACCCACAAGCAAGACAUAAUUUCUACCUGGCGGCACCUGACUUGCUGGAUCCCAAAUCGGCCACUCAGAACUCCAAACCGAGAUUAUCAUUUUCUACCAAGCCUACCGUGCUCUCUUCACGGGAGGAAAGUGAUUCAGCUAUCAAUGUUAUGAAAUGGAAGACAGUCUCAACAAUUUUUCUGGUGGUAGUCGUGUAUUUAAUAAUAGGAGCAACGGUGUUUAAAGCCCUGGAGCAGCCUCAUGAAACCUCCCAGAGAGCCACCAUUGUGAUUCAGAAGCAGACAUUCGUAUCUCAGCAUUCCUGUGUGAAUGCGACAGAGCUUGAUGAACUGAUUCAGCAAGUAGUGGCAGCAAUAAAUGCAGGAAUCAUACCUUUAGGAAACACAUCUACUCAGAUCAGUCACUGGGACUUGGGAAGUUCCUUCUUCUUCGCUGGCACUGUUAUUACCACCAUAGGCUUUGGAAACAUCUCCCCACGCACACAAGGUGGAAAGAUAUUCUGUAUCAUCUAUGCCUUACUGGGAAUUCCCCUGUUUGGUUUUCUCUUGGCUGGUGUUGGAGAUCAACUAGGGACAAUCUUUGGAAAAGGAAUUGCCAAAGUAGAAGAUACCUUUGUUAAAUGGAACGUGAGUCAGACAAAGAUUCGCAUUAUUUCAACAAUAAUAUUCAUACUCUUUGGCUGUGUGCUGUUUGUUGCUCUUCCUGCAGUUAUAUUCAAGCACAUAGAAGGCUGGAGCACACUAGAUGCAAUUUACUUUGUUGUUAUCACUUUAACUACCAUUGGAUUUGGUGACUAUGUUGCAGGAGGAUCAGAUAUUGAGUACCUAGAUUUUUAUAAACCAGUGGUGUGGUUCUGGAUCCUUGUUGGGCUUGCUUACUUUGCAGCUGUUCUCAGCAUGAUUGGAGACUGGCUAAGAGUCAUAUCAAAAAAGACAAAAGAAGAGGUAGGGGAAUUCCGAGCCCACGCUGCAGAGUGGACAGCCAAUGUCACCGCGGAGUUCAAAGAAACCCGAAGACGCCUGAGCGUGGAGAUCUAUGACAAGUUCCAGCGGGCUACCUCCAUCAAAAGAAAGCUCUCUGCUGAGCUCGCUGUCAACCACAACCAAGACCUGACCCCCUGCAAGAGAACCCUGUCAGUCAACCAUCUCACCAGUGAGAAGGACCUCUUGCCAGCUCUAACAAAGACAGACAGCAUUUACAUGAAUGGUUUGACACCACACUGUGCAGCAGAAGAAAUAGCUGUCAUUGAAAAUAUUAAGUAGCUGUGACGUUGGGUCCCAGUCCUUGAGAAGCUCUUGGCUUUUAGACUAGCCAUACACUCUUUUUUUUCUCCACCCUGUCAAAGAUCAAUGCUAAUAGCAUUUUAUAUGUGUGCAUGAGUUCCACAGAAACUGCAGUCCAGAGUUACCAUCGCAUCUCUUCAAAGACACAAAGAUGAAUGGCACUUCUGUUAUCGAAAGAUGCUGGAACACGCAACGUCUUCUGCCUUUAUCUGCCCAGACUGUUUUUCACUUCUCCUAAUGUGCCAUAGGGCCUAAAGAAUGAAUCACACUUGUUUAUGGUAACAAUGUAGCUUUGAGGGAUCAGUCCUUAAUAUUUCAGGGUCUACCUUACUGAGCCUAGGAAUGGACCAUUUAUGGACUACAACACAUUUGUAAAUGGCAAGAAAUUCUUAUGCAGCCUUUUACCUAAGAAAUUUUUGUCAGUGCCUUAUCUUUUGGAGAACCAGAACCUCUACAAUUCCUGUAUGUUUUCUUUUCUUUUUUCCUUUUUUCUUUUUUCUUUUUUCCCUUUUUUGCAUGAGAAGUGCUUUUCAUUUGAGCUUUCAUUUUUCUUGAAAUGAUGGUGUUUUAAAGGUGUCUGCAUUGAAGAUACCAACCAGCAUGAAUGAAUGCCAAAACUCAACAGUCAUCAAAUGAUGUCCUUAGCUCUGAAUUUAAAGGCACUGCAGUUUUGAAAGUUGCAAAUAUGUUCCCCAGUAGAAUUUUGUUUUACUCAGGUCCAGCUGAUAUUUGUUCACACUGACUUGGAGAACCUGCAGAUCCUCUUUAGGUCUUAUUUUUUUCAAGAAGUGUUCAGCAGAUUUUUUCUUCUCUGUGUCAGAUGUACCAAAAAAAAAAUAAAAA